AUGCUUGUUGCUAGAAUGUGCCCGGCUUCGGAUAAGGUACGCUUCUUCAAAGGUGACAACGGGAAAAACUUUGCGAUGGUGCAGAUGAGGGAUGAAGAUGGCAUCCUCGCAAUCCUGGGCUGUGCCAAGGAGGACGAUGGUUUUCUCUGUGUCCAGUGCUGGCCAAGUGGCCAAGCUCCAGAGGGACGCAAGCGAAAAAGGGCCACAGUAGACAAGACCCCAAAAGCUGAAGAUGCAGCGGUGGCUGCUACUGAUGAGGACAAGCCGUUGGAGGAAGCUGUGGAGGAUGCCGCUGCAGACAAAGACGACGCUGCUGAGGAGGAGGUGGAGGACAAGCCCCUGGAGGAGGUGUUGGGCAAGGACGAAGGCGAUGAAGCCCCGGCCCAAAAACGAGAAAAGACCGCUGCAGCUGCCGCAGUCGCUGCCGCAGUCGAAGAGAAGAUCAAGCCUUCUACGGAGGACGAUGAGAGCUCUGUGGAACAAUCCAUGACAGUGCGCUUACCUGUUAGCCACGUCAGUGGGGAACACGAGGAAGAGUUCUUGAAGAAGGCAGCUAUGGCACAAAUGGAGGCCCAGGAGAAGGGAAAGGGAAAGGGCCAUGGCAAAGGCCAUGGAAAGCCUUACAAGGGUGGCAAGGACGGCAAAGGCCGAAGCAAGGAUGGCAAGGGUAAAUCCGGCAAAGGGGGGAAAGCUGGGAAAGGCAAAGGGUCGCGAAAGGGUGGCAAGCACUGA